GCGGGGACCCGGAUGUGUGUGGUGGCGGCGGCCGAAGAGCUACAGCGCGGAGCUGAGAGGCCUAUGGAUGAGGAGGACGCGGCGGCCCCGGUUUGUUCUCAUGAACAAGAUGGAUGACCUGAACUUGCACUACCGGUUUCUGAACUGGCGAAGGAGGAUUCGGGAGAUUCGAGAGGUCCGGGCUUUCCGGUAUCAGGAGAGGUUCAAACAUAUCCUUGUAGAUGGUGACACUCUGAGUUACCAUGGGAAUUCUGGUGAGGUUGGCUGCUAUGUGGCGUCGCGACCCCUGACCAAGGACAGCAAUUAUUUUGAGGUAUCUAUUGUGGACAGUGGUGUUCGGGGCACCAUUGCUGUGGGGCUGGUCCCUCAGUACUACAGCCUGGAUCACCAGCCUGGCUGGUUGCCCGACUCCGUGGCCUACCAUGCUGAUGAUGGCAAGCUGUACAAUGGUCGAGCCAAGGGGCGCCAGUUUGGGUCAAAGUGCAACUCUGGGGACCGGAUCGGCUGUGGCAUUGAGCCUGUGUCCUUUGAUGUGCAGACUGCCCAGAUCUUCUUCACCAAAAACGGGAAACGGGUGGGCUCCACCAUCAUGCCCAUGUCCCCAGACGGGCUCUUCCCUGCAGUGGGCAUGCAUUCCCUGGGCGAGGAGGUGCGGCUGCACCUCAACGCUGAGCUGGGCCGUGAGGAUGACAGCGUCAUGAUGGUGGACAGUUAUGAGGACGAGUGGGGCCGGCUGCAUGAUGUCAGAGUCUGCGGGACGCUGCUGGAGUAUCUGGGGAAGGGCAAGAGCAUCGUGGACGUGGGGCUGGCCCAGGCUCGGCACCCACUCAGCACCCGGAGCCACUACUUCGAGGUAGAGAUCGUGGACCCUGGAGAGAAGUGCUACAUCGCCUUGGGGCUGGCCCGGAAGGAUUACCCCAAGAACAGACAUCCUGGCUGGAGCAGAGGCUCUGUGGCAUACCACGCAGAUGAUGGGAAGAUCUUCCACGGCAGCGGUGUUGGGGACCCCUUUGGACCACGCUGUUACAAAGGGGACAUUAUGGGCUGUGGAAUCAUGUUCCCUCGGGACUACAUUCUGGACAGUGAGGGGGACAGUGAUGACAGCUGUGACACAGUGAUCUUGUCCCCAACUGCCCGGGCUGUCCGGAACGUCCGAAAUGUCAUGUACCUGCACCAGGAAGGCGAAGAGGAUGAGGACGAAGAAGAGGAGGAGGAAGAUGGGGAAGAGAUAGAACAGGAGCAUGAGGGCAAGAAGGUUGUGGUUUUCUUCACCCGGAACGGCAAGAUCAUCGGGAAGAAGGACGCCGUCGUCCCUUCUGGAGGCUUCUUUCCCACCAUUGGGAUGCUCAGCUGCGGGGAGAAGGUGAAAGUGGACCUGCACCCCUUGAGUGGCUAGAGGCGGCCCUGUCCACCGCCCUUCAGCAGCCUCCUCCGCUCACCCCAGGAUUGGCUCGCCAGCGGGCCUUGGGGGCAUCACCAUGCUCCUGCUGGCUCAGGCCCGGUCAGGCUGCACCUCUCUGACCCUAGGCCUGGGCCUUUGGUGAUAGGAACCGGCCCAGGAGCAGGGUUGACAUGUGUGGGCGGGUCCCUUGCUCUGUUAGCAGGUACCUGGAUCUCCUGUUACCUCGCUGGGCCCUGCGAGCCGGGAGGUGGGCGCCUACCGGCGUACUUGGGGUAGAGUGGAGGCAGCCUACCAACCACAGAGUUCCCCUCAACUCCCUGUUCACCCCCGUCCUCAUAGAGCCCGCUGCUGCUGUCUCCCCUGGCUGGGCUAGGGGCCUGUCAUGGCCAUCUCCCCUCCCAGUGGCUGCUGUCCUACAUCAUAUCUGGGUCUCCACUCUCUCCUGAGAUGUCCCACCCCCGCCCACACCACAGAAAGCCCGAGCCUGGCUCCCUGCCUGCACACACUCAGGUUGCUGAGUGUGUGUGUGAGUGAUGGGCUGUGACAUGGGACUGCAGCCUCGCUCCCCUCUCCUUGUCUGCACUCCUCCUCCAGGCACUCGGGCACGUGUUGUGUUGUGGCUGUUGGCUCCUCGAGUCCCUUUACCUGCACUCCCGACCCUGUGCCCCAGCUUGCUGCUUCUGCCACUUGACUGUUUUGCUUCAGUGUUUGGUUCUAGUGUCUGCGUAGAGCCCUCCCCCCAACCAGCCCUCCCUGUCUUCUCACCGUGAACAGGGACAGAGGAGGAGGCAGGAGCUUGUGUCUUGCACAGUGGGUAGGGCUGGGGGGGGUGGGCUGUUGUGCUGCUGGGGUUCCCUUGCCCCCACCUUUUGGGCCCUGCACUAUGAUGUAGGAAAUGUAUGUACAGAUGAGAGAUGUUUAUACAACCAAUAAAGGCGGAGUUUCCGUAUUUAUCAGGA